AUGAUGAGGUGUUGCCACAUCUGCAAACUUCCCGGCCGAAUGCUGGGCACCCGCGUGCUCCGCCUCUCCCUGGUGGCCGUCCUCGUGCUGCUCCUGGUGGCUGGGGCGCUGACCACUCUCCUUCCCAACAACAAAGACGACAAGAUGCUGUCGUGGCGGAGGGAGGUGAAGGCCCAGGGCCAGUCCGCCCUGGCUUCCUUCACUCUCAUCAUGCAGACGUACAACAGGUCUGAUCUGCUGCUGCGGCUGCUCAAUCACUACCAGGCGGUGCCGCAGCUGCACAAAGCCAUCGUGGUGUGGAACAAUGUUGGGGAGAAGCCUCCGGAGGACUUAUGGAACUCUCUGGGGCCGCACCCCGUGCCCGUGAUCUUCAAACCCCAGACCACCAACAGGAUGAGAAAUCGGCUCCAGGCCUUCCCAGAACUGGAGACCCAGGCGGUGUUAAUGGUCGAUGACGACAUGCUGAUUAGCGCCCAAGACCUUGUGUUUGCUUUCUCCGUUUGGCAGCAAUUUCCUGACCAAAUUGUAGGAUUUGUCCCCAGGAAGCAUGUUUCCACUGCGUCAGGCGUCUACAGCUACGGAGGCUUUGAGCUGCAGACACCGGGCGUGGGGGACGGUGACCAGUACUCCAUGGUGCUGAUUGGGGCCUCGUUCUUCAGCAGCAAGUACCUCGAGCUCUUCCAGAGGCAGCCCGCAGCCGUCCACGCCCUGAUCGAUGACACGCAAAACUGUGAUGACAUUGCCAUGAACUUCCUCAUUGCCAAGCACACGGGGAAGACUUCGGGGGUGUUUGUAAAACCUGUAAACAUGGGCAACUUGGAAAAAGAAACCAGUGGGGGCCAUUCGGGAAUGUGGCAUCGAGCGGAGCACUUCCUGCAGAGGUCUUACUGCAUCAAUAAGCUCGUCAGCGUCUACGGCAGCAUGCCCCUCAAGUACUCCAACCUCAUGAUCGCUCAGUUCGGCUUUCCCUAUGCCAACCACAAAAGUAAGCUGUGA